CCUGAUAAAUUGGGUCUAAAAAUCUUGUUAAUACGUGUUUUGCAGGCCUUAUUAUUAAUUCGAAUGAUUAAUGAUGCGUCAUCCAAACCUUUCGAACGUCUUUUUCGAACGUUUUCGAGAAAAUCUAAAGAAUUUCAAAAGAAAGACACUCUCAUAACAAUGUCGUCUGUGGCAGGAUCAAAGCGUCGAAUUGACAAUAAGUCGUGCAAAAUCAAGUACAAAGCUCUUAAAGCGUUGGAAAAGGGUACUGCGCCAAAGGAUGUGGCAAAAGAGUUCAAAAUUCCUCCAAGCACCCUGUCAACUUGGAAAAAAAAUAAAGAAAAGAUUUACAAGCAGUUUAACAACGGGCAAACAUCGAAGAGAUCAAAGCCAGAAAAAUUCGAAGAUGUGAACAAAGCUGUUCAUAAAUGGUUACUUAUGAUGAGGAGUGAGAAUAUCCCAAUCAGUGGCCCGAUGCUGAAAGAGAAAGCUCUUGAGUUUGCCGAAGCGUUGGGUGUCGAGUCAUUUCAAGCUUCUCAGGGGUGGAUGGCUAAAUGGAAAACCAGGUAUGGAGUAUCCUUCAAAACCAUCGCUGGAGAAUCACGGUCCGUCACUGAGGAAAUGACAGCGCCAUGGUCGGAGACAACAUUACCAACCAUUCUCUCCCGCUAUCCUCUGGAAGACAUUUUUAACGCCGACGAAUUUGGGCUUUUCUUUCAAUGCCUUCCCAAUAAAACUUUGCAUAUGAAAGGUGAUAAGUGUUCUGGAGGAAAACACAGCAAAGUUAGACUUACUGGUUUAGCUGCUGGUAAUGCCUCGGGGGAACGAUUGCCAAUGUUUGUAAUCGGCAAGUCCGCCAAACCUCGUUGCUUUAAAGGUGUCAAAACACUACCCUGUCGAUACCGUUCGCAAAAGAAGAGUUGGAUGUCUGGAGAGCUGUUCGAAGAGUGGGUACGCGAGCUUGAUCGAAAAUUCUCUGUCUUUAAGCGAAAAAUUGCUUUGAUUAUUGACAAUUGUACCGCACAUCCUCAUGUUGAAAACCUGGAAUGGGUAGAAUUGAUCUUUCUUCCUCCAAAUACCACGUCCCGAACCCAACCUAUGGACCAAGGAAUUAUCCGCGCCCUGAAAGCAAAAUAUCGAUCGCUAGCAGUGCGGAAAUUGAUAAAAGCCUUGGACGAGGAAAAAUCGACUCCGAAGUUCUCGAUUCUUGCAGCUAUGUACAUGCUAAGGAAAGCAUGGGAUGAUGUUUCCAACAAAACAUUCACCAAUUGCUUUCGAAAAUCAGGAAUUUCCCAAAAGGAUGCAGAAAGAGCGAUCAACAAAGAUGACGACCCUUUUAAAAGUUUAACCAGCGAAGUAGAAGAAGACCCAAUUCCAACCCUCGAUGCUGAACUCUCUUACAUAAAACGAAGGUUUCCUGACCACAUUGAUCCUGACUUAUCAACUGAAGAUUUCAUUGAUUUUGACAUUGAAGUCAGUACAUCCCAUGGGCGUCUGAAGACUGCUGACAUCAUUGCUGAGAUCACUGGGACUCAAGACGAAGAAUUAGAAGAGGUCGACGAAGAAGACAAGGAGGAAGAAGAUAAGAUCACAAGACCGACGGCCGAGCAAGUGCGUACAGCUAUCAACGUCCUCGAAGACUUGAGUAUUUUUUCACAUUUUGGAGAAGAAAUGAUAGCUUCCCUGAGGGACUUGAAUCGUAAUAUCGCCAAAGAUUUUGAUAUGAGUUGUAAGCAAACAGUUAUCACCGACUUCUUUUCUAAAUAA